CUCCCAGGAUCCCUCGCGUUGCUAAUGGCGUCAUAUUUCCUCGCCUGCAUUCCGCUCUUUUCCUCGUCGCAUCGGUCGUGAUCGUCCGGUUUAUUUACCGACUUUUCCUCCGGUAGCUGCAGCCGAUUUUUGGGGCACGCGGUGUCCGUGUGAGCAGGAUGGGUCCCGUCGAGCUCCUCCACAUGUCAGUCUUCUCUCAGAGUUUUUCUCCCUGCGGUCGAUUUCUGGCGGCUGGAAAUAACUACGGAGAGGUCGCAGUGUUCAGCCUGUCUGCGGCUCUGAGUCCAGACGCCACCGCGCUCAGUCAGAAGCCCGUCCUGACCUUCACGGCUCACGAGGGCCCCGUGUUCUCGCUGCUGUCCACCGACUGUCACCUCCUCAGCGCAGGAAACGGAGAGAUCAGCUGCUGGAGCUGGGCCGAACUCAUCAAGAAGAAUGUCAAACCUCUGUGGACAAAAAGACCAAACUACAAAUCCAGCCUGGAGAUCCCAGAGAUCAACUCGAUGGUCGUUAACCCCCGAGACAACAGUCUGGUCGUCGGAGGAGGAGACAACAACGUCCACGUCCUGGACCUGGAGCACGGCGUCUUCAAGGCCGUCCUGCAGGGACACUCGGACUACGUCCACUGCGUGAGCGUGAGGGAGCGGGAGGCGGAGAUCCUGUCGGGCGGCGAGGACGGCGCGGUGAGGAUGUGGGACAGCAGGACGGCUCAGUGUGUCCACUGCGUCGAGGUCUACAAGUACGAGAGCUGCGCUCGUCCUCAGUUCGGUAAAUGGAUCAGCUGUGUGACCACCGACUCUGACUGGAUGCUGUGUGGAGGAGGUCCGUCUCUGUCUCUGUGGCACCUCCGCUCCCUGUCCCCCACCUCCAUCUUCCCUCUGAGCGGCUGCCAGAGACAGGCCGCCUUCUACCAGGACAUGAUCCUGGCUGUGGGUGAAGGCCCGUCGGUGUCUCACUGUCUCCUGGGCGGGGAGGUCAAAGCUCAGAUCCCGUGCACGCCGCAGAGCCUGAACACGCUGCAGCUCAACACCAACAGCUCCGAGCACCGGGUGCUGACGGUCGGAGGCAGCAGCGACCACAUCGACGUCUUCACCAACCUGUCGUACAGAACCUUCUCACUCAGCUUCUGACGCGCACACACACACAUACAGAUAUACACACACACACACACAUACAGAUACACACACACACACACAUACAGAUACAGAUA